UGGCGGUGGUACCUUGAAGUUUGCUUUGCUUACUGAACGAAGAUAGGUUUUCCGGUUUAUCUUUACUUAAUUCAAUGGGUUUACUGCAAACAAGAUGACAGAGGAACAAUCUUUGUUAGAGACACCCGAAGCUAAAACAGUGGAAAACGGAAUUUCUUUGGAAGAUAAUAAAACACAUGCCGGUUCUAGUGUUAGAAAUAGUAGAAGCAGAAGCCGGGAAAAAAAGCAUAAAAGUAGACACCACGGGGUUAAAAGUAAAAAAAAUCACAGGGAUCAUGAAAUAGAGCGACCUAGUAGUCGUGAGCGUGAGAACUACCAAAACAGUAAAGAUAGAAGAGAGAGACAUAAAGAUAGAAGAUCAAGGCGAAGUCGCAGUCGCAGCCGUCGGCGCGGACAUAGUAGACGCCGAAGCCGUAGCUCCCACAGGCCUCGUCGCCCUAAACCUGGAGCCAGAAGAUUCCCAUCUAAAUAUUGGGAUGUUAGGCCUGCAAAUACAGAAAACAUAAGCGCUAUGGAAUACAAGAAUAUGAUAGUUCAAGGCCAAAUUAAUCCCAAAUCUAUGAUUUCCUUGAUCCCUGGAAUAGGUGUACCUUUUAACAACGAGAUUGCGGAGAUGGCCAAGAUGCUUCCACCACACUCGCAUUUUCCUCUGUUUCCUCCGGGGGCUGGCGGGCUAAUGGGGUUAGCCAUGCCUCAAGGCGCCUCUCGAGCAGUUGCUCUUUCUGGCGUGCUCCCCGCCGUGCCUGGUCUGAUUUCACCUAGUCUUUUCCCAGGAGUAUUAGCGGGGGCGCUUCCUGGUCUGGCGAGGCCGGGCAUUCCCGGUAUCUCCGAUAUUACAUUGACGCAUAUGUCUAAGCAGGCAAAAAAACUUUACGUCGGUAAUAUUCCUUUUGGUUGCGAGGAGCGCUCGAUGCUAGAGUUCUUUCAACAGCAAAUGGAUCUGAAGGGCCUUUCAAAUGUCGCGGGAGCCUCCGUUUUGGGCGUGCAGAUCAACUACGACAAAAAUUUUGCGUUUGUCGAGUUUGCCUCAAUAGAAGAAACCACCCGGGCCACUGGUCUAGAUGGAAUUACGUGGCAAGGACAGGUUCUUAAAAUCAGACGGCCAAAGGACUAUGUGGCCAUUCCCGGGACGGACGCAGCUCUCCACUCUAUGGCUGGCGUUAGCUCCUUGGCUGGCAAUUCGGAUAACAAAAUUAUUAUCAGGGAACUCCCGGGGCAUUUCACCGAGGGGGAGGUGCGUGAGCUACUCUCUUUGUACGGGGAGUUGGUAUAUUUUAAUCUCGUGAAGGACCCGGACACCAACCUAUCAAAGGGCUACGCUUAUUGCGAAUAUGCCGACCCGAGGAUCACCGAUAUUGCCAUUGAGGGUCUGAAUGGAAUGCCUAUUGGAGACAAUUCUAUCGUAGUACAGCGUGCUAGCCUCGGAAAGAUUCCUGGCGACCUUGGCGGGGUUGCCUGUACGGUUGACCAGGACACUCAACCGACCCAGGUGCUUGUCCUAAUAAACAUGGUUGAAAUGGAAGAACUUGUGGACGACGAAGAAUAUGACGACCUUAAAGAGGAUAUACGCGAAGAGUGCGCUAAAUAUGGUAACAUACUCGGCAUAGAGAUUCCCCGACUUUCCACGGACGGCUCGGAGGUCAAGGGCCUUGGAAAAGUAUUUAUUAAAUAUUCAACGAUCGAAGAGGCCCAAAUUGCACAGUCUAAGACGGCCGGCAGAAAGUUUGCCGACCGCACCGUAUUAACCUCCUAUCUUGAUGUGUCCAAAUUUGACAGCAAGCAGUUUGAAUAA